GCGGCGGCGCUGCCCGUGCUCUGUUUUCUCCUGUGGCCACUAAAGGUGUUGCUGAUGAGCAGAUACGGCGCGAACAGCACGACGUGCCCCGGCCGAGGGAAGGAGCGAGCGAAGGGGGAGCAUUUUAUCAACAGGCCAGGGUGACAAAACCAGGGCAAACAACUGAAAAUGUCAUCCUAUUUGGCUCAGGAGGUUCACCUUGCUCGAAGACAUGAGGAGAUACUGUCUCAGAGAUCAGAGCUGCUACAGCAGAUGGAGACUUAUCUAGGAGACAAAAAGACUAAAAAGACAUGGCAAACUCAAGCAGCUGAUGCAGCUCAUAAAAGGAAUGCAGCACUUUUAAAUGAUAUAGAAGCAGCAGAAAAAAAGCUGCAAGAAAGAGUGUGUUUACUUCCACAUCCUGAAACUGUUAAGUUAGAAACUCUCUAUUGGGCAUCAAUAAAAGAAUCUCUUCCCAAGUGGGAAGAAUUUCUUUUAGGAAGAGCAGAAGUUCCUAUUGGCUUUAAGAAAAUGAAAGCUACAAAGCAGAACAUAAACUACUCAGAAGACGACUCACAAAAAUAAACAUUCUAGUUGCAUUUUGUUUUGUAAUUUAUUACUUAAGCAGAGAAGAUCAUCCAGAUCGGGCAACAGAAUAUCAUGCCAGUAAAUUGAAAUGUAAAUAAUUUAAAUUAAAAUUAACUGUAUUGGAUAAUUUGAUUCCAUUGUUACAUUGUGUACAAUUCCUUAUUUUUGUUCUGUGUUAGAGGAGCGAUCCUCAAAGGGGCUUUUAGGAUCAAGAGUGAGAAACACUGGUGUAUAGAUUUCCACCAAGGCAAUUGCUUUUUCAGUAUGAGAAGAGUUUUAGGUUAUUUUUAAUCCUCUGCUUCUACAUGUAAGUGCGAUAAGUAAAGACAGAUUCUUGCAUUAUCUUUCUUCACUUCAGUCAUCUGUGCUGCAUGCCUGUUCGUGGAUGAGGGAGAGAGCAGGAAUUUACCAUUAGGAGGAAAGGCAGGCUGUGUGCAUCAGAGUAGCCUUGGUUUAGCACCAAGAAUCUGUAAAAACCUUCAUGAGAGCAACGGUGGAAGGAACAACCUUGAAUUUCCAUAUCCUGUUUUCCCUGAUUUUUGUCAUUGCCACUUUCAUCACUUCUGCACCUCACUCCAGUAACCACUGCUGCUUUUCCCAACCUCCUUCUGCCUACGUUGUAUUUCCUGUCUAAGGGGUAGGGAAACAAAUCUCCAGGGCUUUUCGCUACUUUGAGGAUGCCCUUAAUGCUAUUUUCAUUCUGUUGAUAUAAUCUACGAGUGAGAACUUUUUCUUAGACGUGAAAAGUUUGGGAGAAGCAGACUGAAAGGUAGGUGGAAGUGGCUGUCCAAGAACAAAGCAUAUAUAGAAGUUGAGGAGCUAAUAAUUUCAUUUCAGACAUUGAACAGCUGCUCAGCUUCCUCCUACAGAGGUGUAGUAUUGGUGAGUUUUAAUUGUGCAGUGGGCUAACUUGAUAUGAAAAAUUCAGAGUACAGAACUUCAGUAUCAGUUCAAUCGAAGAUCCUUCCAGGUGUGUGAUGUGGUCUGCAGAAAUUGAAUCCUUCCCAAGCAAAAGAAGCCUAGAAAAUACUAUUUUUUUCUUAUUAUUAAGAACCUGUACUCGAGUCAAUAUACUGUUAAAAUUUAAUCUCAUAUCCAACAAUAUAAUUCCACCCCAACCUGGAAGUAGGAGAAAAAAAAUUUAUCUCUGCCAGUGUCUGAGGAUAUGAAAAUGUAAUGAUUACAAAUUUUACUAAGCUACUAGUUAACUGUCUAUGCAUUUCCAUGCUACAGAGAUAUAACCUACUGGUUAAAUAUAUAUAACUCUGUGUAGCAUGAAGAAUCACUGGCACAAUAAAAUCAAAACUUCAGCUGCGAUAUAAAAUUUUUGUAUGUUUUCCACAGGAAUAUUAAGAGUUCAUUUAAAACUUUUUCUAUUGAAGUGUCCAUUAAACUGAUAAGUUUUUACAGAAACUGCCAUCUUAGAAUUAUCCUGUUGAGUGGGUGUUGGUGUUUGUAACAAUAACGUUGUUUUCAUAAUAUGUGAUGGCAGAUUAGCACGCUUCUCUGCAGUGUUGUUAACAGUUGUAAUUAAGGAAUAAACAGUAAAGGGUGUCAGUCCGAUGACAAUUUCAUCUAUAGUGUCACAAUACAAAAUGUCACAAAAUAUUAGAACUGUUAUAUAACUACAAAAAUAUCAAAUUAGGCUUUCAUCUUACAAGCUGAGAGCUUAAAAAAAACCUGGCAUAGAGACUAUUGCAAUUUUAUACCUACUCAGUGUUCUGUCACAAAGACAACUUGGUAAUAUUUUCUUCUGUAAGCUCACAAUGUGAUUCUCAAUCUGAUUUAGCGGGAAUGUGGAUGGAUCUUACAGUAAUAGAGCUCACAUUUAAAAAGCAAAUACUUGGAGCCAGUUGAGCAGACAAGAAGGGAAAAGCUAUUGCACAUGAUGCCCAGAAUGAAGGGAUGGGUGAGCAGUUAGUCACUAACAAAGACUGGGAUUCAUCCCGGUCUUUGCAUCCAAAGGGAAAUCACUUAAACUAAAAUCUGGCCCCUAAGUACUUUAUACAUAGGAAUAAUCUGGGUCUUUAUCUCUUUUGACUCCGCCUCACCACUGGGACACAAUGCAGAUACUCACUAUCUCCUUGCCCCUUGUGAAUUCCCCUGGAAGGAGAGCUAAGUGUGUGGACAUUGAGGGCAUGGCAGCUGGAUGGAUGAGGAUUUGGCAGCGUGCAGGGAAGGGCACCUGCAAGCAGGAUUAGAGUAGUUUCCAUGCUGCAGUUGGGUGUUCACGUAGCGUGCAUGAGAUUAAAAUGAAAUUAUCUUCAAAGAAGGAGUUUAAUUUUUCCUGCAGCAUAACUUUAGAAGCACUAGGACAACAAGUGCAAGGAAAGCUGUAUAGGAAGGUGUCCAGAAAAGUAAAAAUUGAAGAGAAACAUUAAAAGCAGGAAUGUUUGUAGGUGACUGCUCUCAGAGACAAGGGCCUUCGUGUUGGCCUGUGGUCUGAAACAAAUGAAUGCAAUUGCCUGUGACUGUGAAACAGCACAGCAGUAGGGGCAGGGGGGACACAGCAGGGACAUUAAGGUACAGGAGCGAGUGUCUCCUGAUUUGGCACAGACCUCGGGGCACACAGUGUCAGGGAACAUAAUUAUAUGGCAUCUCCUGUUCUACUUAGUUUGUUAAGUUUAGUUUACUACAGCUGAGCUAGCUUGCUGCUCGCCUUUCUAUAGGUACAGAUUUGAGAAAGCAAAUGAGAAACUUUAGUGUGUUUAAAAAAAAAAUUUUAAAUUCCCCCAAACUGAUUGAUACUGAUGUGAUUCAAUAUUGGCCUUAUAUGACAUCCUGAAUGGGUGUUCUACACCAAGUCAAGGCUAUUACCUUAAACAUAUCAAUUCUAUGUAGUUACCACAUCUUUUACCAAACUUUUAUAUAUAUAUAAAUAUAAAAUAUAGAUAUUACAUCAUAGAUAUCUUCUGUAAUUUCCUACCCAUCCUGACUAAGUGUUUUUCCCUUAAAAAAACCCUAACUUGUUACUCUGCAGUCUUGACUUGCUACUUGCCCUAUUACGUUAAAAUAUAUUAUAUGUGUAUGCUGCAGUGGUCCUAAGAGCCUGUUGCUUCUGGUGCUUUUUUGGUGGGUGGGGAACAGCAAUUGAGAGAAGAGCAGUGAGAAAACCCAAAGGUUUUGCCUGUCUGUAAGUUCAUCUUUGAGUAUCUUGCAAGAAGAAAUAAUUAAUCAUCCUUUUUUAGGUUUAUGCACAGAUGAGUAGCCCCAAUGCUAACCCAGGAGCACAGCCUGUUCACCCAUCUUGUCACCUCUGCCAUCACAUUCCCAAGCUUUUUACUUUCUCAGUUAUUCUGGCUGUGGGGGCAGGAGCAGAAGGCAUGCAUGUUAGUUUUCCCUAGGAUAAGAAAUUUCUUACUCUGCACAAUCUUCCUCGAGAUUAUUAAUUUAAUUUGGGAGUACAUUUGAAAUAAUAAGUUGGUUUGGACAAAUGAUAUUUGAUACUAUGGUAUCUAGGUUGUAUUUAUUCAGGGUCAUGUUUUCAUAGGAGCUGGGAGCUAAAUUUUAGGCUGUCAUUUCUGUCUUUUUCAUUCACAUAGAGCAGGUUGGGGAUAGAGAUGCUCAGUUUGAGUUUGUUGGUACUGAAAAAUAAGAAAACCAAAUUUGAUAUGGAAUGUACUUUUAGAGGUUAUAUCUGAAAGAAAAUAUUAUUUACUCCAUAAUGGUAAUUUUCAUAAUAUUUUAAUAGUUGUGUUCAGAUACAACUUGACCUUAAAUAUCACCCCAAAUGCAAGCUGUUUUAACAUAUUUGUAAUGCUAAGGUCUUCAUUACUGUGAUAUUCUGUUUGCUCAAGGAUUAUAAUCCAUGGAUAUACUGUGUUAUAGUUGAAAUAAAGCUUUGAUCCUGUA